AUGCGGAGACUGCAAAUCAACAUACCCGCCCCGACUGGCCCCACCCCUAAUGACCUGACCCUGAGCGGCGACCUGUACGAGGGAAAUUACAAAGAAUGGCACGCAAGAAUGAUGGCCUCACUUCGUCUCCGGAAACUCAACGUUUUCCUGGCCCCCGGAUUGUGGUUCACAGACAUUGGCAGGCGAACAACGAAAGAAGCAGCAGACCACAUCUGCGCGAGCAUCAGCGAGGCGACUCUGAAGAGACUCCCUGACGGAGUCAAGCAAAACUGCUGCAGGCUCAUGGAAGUUCUGGAGCAGUUCGCGGCACCCUUUCGCUUCCUCGACCUGCCUGUGGAGGUCCGAAACAGAAUCUACAAGAUGGUGCUGCCGGGUACUUAUCGGGUGCUCGAAUGGGAGCGCCCCGUCGACGAACUGCCCGCCCUGCUACAGACCUGUGCUGUGAUCCGCCGCGAGACGAUUUCAAUGUUCUACGCCGACACGACAUUCACCAUCAGGUCUGAUACCAGAUCGGAGCGUUACGACUUCGAAGCCGCGUCGGAAGACAUGCUGCGAAGGUGGUCGAAAUUCGUGGUGGCUGAGAAUGCGCGACACCUCCGCACCGUGCAUCUGUGGAUCUCGGAACAAUGCAGGGUGGUCUUCAAGUUUCGCAAGACGCUCACGCUCGGGUUCAAAGGCGAACAGCACAUCAAGGGGGACACUUUGCUCAUCGAGAAGACGCUUGCCCGGCACGUUGAGGCGGUGGAGAAGAUCUCUGCGCUGUUGAGCAUCAAAGGAGAGACCAUACUGUUGGCGUUGCUCAUGGAUUGGGAGAUGUGGUGGGAGAUGCUGGAUAGGCUUGAACUGGAAGAGGAUCGGGAGUCCUGCGAUAGUGGAAGUGAUGAAGAUUCGGAGGACUGGAAGUGGGUACCAUGA